AUGGUUCAAAAUGAUCAAUAUCCCAUUAACUGUAAAGAACCUCGAACCGAAACUUAUGAAGGCAAGGAUCAAUUUGAAUAUGAUCAAGAAGAUGAAGAGAAAACAUCAGAUGCAAAUAUCGAAAACAUUUUACACACAAAGUUAUGGAGUUUCCCGAAAUUAUAA